AUGUCGCGAUCUCUCAGUGACCUACCGGUCGACGUCAUUCUGCUCUACAAAAAAAUCCUGAGAGCAGAGCAUACGUUCAACGGCACCUGGUUCGCGCGUCGGGAAAAUCCGAAUCAUUGGACAGCCCACGUUAACAAGUGGUCAUCGGAGCUGCUUUUGAGCUAUUUUCGUCAAGCAAGCAUAGAUAUCCUGCAACGUGGUUUCUCAAUAUUCAACUUUCUGCACUUGGUUGCGAGAGAAGGCAACCCUCGGCUAGCAGAAAUCCUCGUGAAUAAAGGCCUUGAGCUUGACAUGAAAGAUUUUGCGAAAAGAACACCUCUACAUAUUGCUUUGAUACAUCAUCAAGAAGAUACGGCCAUUGUGUUUCUGAAUGCUGGGGCAGAUGUGAUGUUAUUCAAGGGAUAUGCUCUUUUACUUGCGGCAGAGAAUUGCUCUAGUACAAUGGUCGAACGCAUCCUUAAGAAGAUGGAUGCACUGCAACAACCUGUAACUACGUCUCCUACUAUGGGAUUUCCACAAAUCACCUAUGUUCAACAUGUCAAAAAUAUUGCUCUCACUGCAGCCACAAUACGCCAGGCACGAGGUGUAAAGAAUGUUCUUAUCCGCCAUGGAGCUGAUCCCCAUUGGCAAACAGACUCGCCAUUGUGCAUAGGCAUGUUUCGAACCUUUGUAUUGACGGAUUGA